GGAAGCGUGGCGGCACCGUGAAUGACUCCUGAUGAAAAUGUUCAAGCACGUUUUCCUGACCGGACCUCCAGGUGUGGGGAAAACCACGCUCGUUCAGAAGGUGUGCGAGGCCCUGGUGUCAUCCGGUGUGGGCGUUGAAGGCUUCUACACAGAGGAGGUGAGGGAUGGAGGCCGGAGAGUUGGAUUUGACGUUGUCACCAUGGCCGGGGAGAGGGGCCAUCUUUCCAGAGUCAGAAACACUGCUGGAAUGGCUCAAGGAAGACGGGAGUACACAGUUGGACAGUAUGUGGUUGAUUUAUCUUCAUUUGAAAACACGGCUCUCCCCCUCUUCAGAAAUGCAGGGUCAGCCGGUGGGGGCCGUCGGCUGGUGUUCGUCAUCGAUGAGAUCGGGAAAAUGGAGCUCUUUAGCCAGUCAUUCAUCAGGGCGGUGAGGCAGACCCUGGAUAGUUCUUCCUACUCCAUCCUGGGCACCAUCCCCAUCCCCAAGGGCAAACCACUGGGCCUGGUGGAAGAGGUGCGACACAGGAGCGACGUGAAGGUCUUCACUGUGUCCAAGGAGAACAGAAAUGCCAUUCUCCAAGACGUCGUCUCAGCUCUUCAGGAGUGUCUGAAACAGCUGCUGAAGAUGGAGCUGCUGCCACUCCUUGUCAAAGAGUGGAAGGACACGCUGGCUGCCGUCUGAGAUGCGGGCGCUGGAGCAGGCAGCAAGGAAGAGGAUGGCGAUAAGGAGGAGGAGACUGAGGAGGCGGGGCAGCUCUUUUGGCGGGGCAGUGUGAUACUCUCAUACACAGGGGUCAGAGCCAUGUUGUUAUCCUUCACAUGCAAAUAGGU